UUGAUACGAAGCUUGGUAUGUUUUGUUUAUAUGUUUGUUGUAGGACUGUGUAAGAAGCAAAGCUAAUUUAGAGCCUUCUCAGACCAAACGAGGUGAUCCAAGAGUGGUCACGUGAUAUUUUCCAAACCGCUCGAUAGUUCCUAUUCUACUGCACUCCUGAGCUGAUGGCGGUUAUGAGAUAACUAGUAUCGUUAGUUUAUUUAAUAGUGAAAACGAAGCUAAGCGGAAGUGUGAAGAGGAGAGCAGACGGAGGAGUGUGUGUGUGUGUGUUACAUUCUGGUGCAGUAAUGUCAGAACUAAAGCCGUGUAAAUUGUGCAACCUGAGCCGUCAGCAAUAUUACGGUUUGAUGGCGGCGUCACUGAACCAACUCAAAGUAAAAGGUAGAGAAACUUUGGGCUACAGUGCUUCCAGAUCGGUGUCCGUGGUGCUCGAUGAUGAUGGAACCAUCGUGGAAGAUGACGCCUACUUCUUGUGUCUGCCACCAAACACUAAAUUCAUGUUGUUGCAAGAUAAAGAGACAUGGAAGCCUGCCAAGCGAUAUGAUGGAGGCACGGCGUGGCUAACACAGUCUUUUGACGUGGGCUUUGAUGUAGUAGACAGCACGCAUGGUGGCAUAGAACCCUGGCGCGGUUUAGCCGAGCAGCUGAGACAGGAUCUAGCCAGCAUCAUUCUUAUGUCUGAGGCAGACCUACAGAGUCUGGUUUCUGUACCUCGCACCAUCUUGGCCUCAGCGCUCACCUUCUCAGAGAAAAAAACUCAGGAUUUACAAGACACCGUGCAGAGAGUGCUGGACCGCAGAGAAGAGGAGCGGCAGUCCAAAGAGCUGCUGCAGCUCUAUCUCAAGGUUGUGGAGAAGGAGCGCAGCCAGGAUUUGCAACAAGGGGAUGAAGCAGAUGGCAUUGAGAUGACCUCGGCUGUAGGUUUUAACCCCAGGGUGCUGGUGGUUCUGAAAGGAACAACGAGUCCUGAAACAAGACUCUCCAAUGAGGAGCUGCAGAUGUUGCUGAAGCAGAGAGUGGACACGAUGAUGGGCGAGCUGGGCUGGGACAGAAACAGGAUUACGGCGUUACUCCAGGCCUGCGAGAAUGAGCUGAAUAAACGUCUGCAGCAGGUCCAAGCCAUACAGUCACUAAGAGCUCACUCACAGAACAGCAAUCUUGCUGUUGGCAAACGAAGGAAAUAGGCCAAGCAGUGUGUAGACUCGCCAGCGAUGCAUUUUACUCUCAGAGUUAUGGUGUUUUGGGUCUUGGGGUUCCAUUUAUUUUGAUACUCUUAAAGUUCUGACACUGAAUUGAUUGUGUAUAAUUUUUUUUUUUUAUUUGUAUAAAAAUGUUCUUAGUAUCUUGUGUUUAACAAGCUAGUUCAAAAACUGCUAAUUUCUUAUAUUUAGUUAUAUAGUAGAUACAAAGUCAGGCAAAAAAAAAUGUAUACACACUUCAGAAAAAGAAAAACUAUUUUAUAAAUAUUUAAAAACUAAAUGUAAUACUAUGUUAUAUAUAAUUUCAUGAUGAUAAUAAUAUGAUAAUAUAUUAAUAUAAUAUACCUCAUACAAUUUUUCUUUUUCCUGAAGUAUGUCUACGUUUUUGACUGACUGUGUGUGUGUGUGUGUGUGUGUGUGUGCGCGCGCGUGCUCAAUGCUGGUGUAAAUGAUAAAUACCAUUUAUGCCUAAGAUUUCUAAUUAAGCAGGAAUUUUUUUAUAUUUACAACUGUGACAUUUUUAGAUUUGCUGUACUGUUUACAGUUUUUAUAUAAUAAUCCAUAAUAUAGACACUAGACGUAGCUGUAACAGUUAACAGGUUGACUUUUAAAAAAUUAAAACAUUUCUCUUUUUUAAA